AUGCUCGCCAAAACUAUCCUGGCCGCAUUCAUCGCGAGUGCUCAUGGAGCUACCAUGGCCACGGACACAAUGGAGCCAUGGAACGUAACCGACUUCAAGGCAAGCUGUAUAGCCUACAGCACCAUCUGCUACAUGGAGAUGGUCGUCAUGACAGGCUCGGGCUACCCAAUGGUGGGCUGCUCAUACAUCGACACCACGGUGACAGACAUGUACGUGCCGGCGACGGAAAUGACCGUCUGCGACUGGGACACUGUCAGCAUGAGCUACACGGGCCAGAUGAGCGACGAGUCCGGUCGCAUGAACACACUGUACGUCACCGCCGUCUCCGGGCCCGGCACCAACAUCACGGCGGAGUACCAGUUCCCCGAGACCGACUGGACAAUGUUGCAGUAUGGCGCCUCAAACGUGCAGGUGUAUAUUGGGGCACACAGCUUCCUGAUGGCGAACCUCACAGUCGUGCCUAAUGGCAUGAUGCCGAUGUAG